AUGGGUGUCAUGAUGAUGACUUUGGAUAGCGUCGAGGAGUUGAGAAAAAUUGUCAGUAUCACUAAAGAGGCCAAAAAUUUCGGCGCUGAUGAAACUACAAGUAAGCUCAUCCUUCACGAAGCAGCAAGAAUUGGGGCGAAAAUUCACGGAAUCAGCUUCCAUAUUGGCUCCGGAGUGGAAAACUGCCGGCCAUUGGCUCUUUCACUUGCAAACGCUCGAAAACUUUUUGAUUAUGGCCGUAUAUUGGGCCACCCUAUUAGUAUCCUCGAUAUUGGAGGCGGUUUUAUGGCGACAACUUCACAACACUUUUUAAAGGUUGGCAACUUCAUCGAAAACAGUAUUAGUUCAUGCUUUGAAGGCGUGGAUAUCAGAGUAAUUGCCGAGCCUGGUCGAUUUCUCAAUACGUGGCUGCUUAAGAUCUUCCAACCUCAUACAGUAUUUUUAUCAAUGACGGUGUAUGUGUCGUUGCAUUUGUCUCAAUUUUCGGCGGUCCCUCACGACAUCAAAGAAAAGUCCAAGGAGAACCACUCUUGUUGA